AGUGCAAUUUGCACAGUUUUCGUGAAAAGAUUCAUCGCAAAAGUUUACUGAUAUUCUUAUUGAAAAUAAAAGAUACUCCAAAAUGCCUAAAAAUUUUGCUACUCAACUUUUAGUAUUCUUUGCUUGUGGCUCAAUCGUGCUAGCCGCUGGAAAACCUGCAGAACCAAAGGCCCGAUACUUGCGUUCACCGGAUGAGCCAGAUAAUGGUAGACUGGAGCUGAAGUACGACGGUCAUGAGGGAAGUCUCAAGUAUAAUCACCAUUUGCUGAGGAGUGAUGAUGGAAAUUUCGCACUUGAUGCUUAUGCCGAAGGCAAACGAAAUUACGAUCGUAAUCAAAAUGACUUUCAAGGUGGUCUACAAGGUCAUUGGUAUUUUCCAGGUUAAACCAGUGAAAAAUUUGUGUAAACUUUGUCUUGCAUAUUAAAAUGAAUUAAUAAAAUUAUAUUCAGGACGACGGGAAACCGCUUGAGUGGUUAGAACGCGCCAAAUACGUAAAUAUUUA